AUGCUGACCAAAAAGAUUAUUGACAUGAAGCUGUUACAUUUUAUAGUUAUUAUCCAGAUAAACAAUUGUGUGCGGGCAGAGAUUAGACACAGUAUCGUGGGCAAUAAGUUAUUUAAUGUGAAACCAGUAGGCAGUAUUGUUGCCAAAAACUUCUUGCCGCUCACCGAAAUACCACCGCCACAUUUGCCUCAUGAACACUAUCAUUCUGGGCGACGGCAUCUCGAUGACUGUAGUGAAAAACCUAGGAACAGGGAAGUCUACAGUGGUGGUAGAGUAGCCAUAUUCGGAGAAUACUACGAUGAUCUAGUAGCAAAAACUGUCGCCACUGUAGUUAUACCUGACCAUAUAGACCGUAAACAUUUCGAAGUAACAACCCAAGUGCCAUACUUAACCGUCGGUCCCAUAGAAGCAUUAGGCUACCAUCCUAGCACGAUGAAGAGCGAGCACCCGAGCGAAUGCGAAAAGAUCUACCAAGACCACUUAGCCGAGCAGUAUUCCGACGAGACCACCGACUAUUCUGAGGAAUCGCUAGAGAUGGCUCGGAUGCCGCUGGCCCCCGUCGAGGGAGAAGCACCCUCAUCAUUCGAAUUCGAGAAGCUGUAUAGCGACUUCGAGAAAUGA